AGUCUAGUCGGGUGGGAGUGGCUACUAUUUUGAUAACGGGUGAAACAAAAACAACUGGAUCGCCAACCCGUAGCUUCGUCCAGCAACUAGGCAUUUGUAUUAACAUUUAUUUGAUCAAUUCUGACUUUUACAGGUUAAUAUAAAUGUAGUUUAUAGCCCACCCUGAAAAUGUGAGUCACAUCCUCUCUGUUUUUCAGGCACUGGGUACCAAAACAAUCAACAUGUGCUUUUGAUGUAUCAUAAUAAAUCUGCGGUAGUCAGAUCGUCAAAUCAAAUGGGAUUUUGCGUUCACUUGUCAGUAAACUUGUGGACGGUUUAGUUCUAUCCAACAAAUACGUGAUAAACCCGAAUCAGAACUUGUAUUGUGACGCAAUAAGAAGCUUUUAUUCUGCGUUCUGGUUUCAUGUCCUUGCUCUUAUUUUUGACAUUAUCUGCCCAGAUUUUGAUAUUUGCCUCUACGAUCAACAUCCUACGAAUUGUUCCAGCCUUGGAUUUUCCGACGUGUAGGCUUCAUCUGCUCAUGCUCCAGCAGAACCAGCCAGCCCAAUUACCAACAUGGCUGUAAAUGUUUCUUACGUAUACAUUUUUAUUUUAUGUAUUCAUAAUUUCAUAUCCAAAGCCGCAGUCGAAGGGAGAUUCUCCGACUUCAAAAGCUGUGCAGACGAGGAAUGCAGUAUGCUCUUGUGCCGGGGGAAAGCUUUUAGCGAUUUCACCGGACCAGACUGUCGGUUUCUGCCAUUUAAAAAAGGAGAGACUAUAUAUGUCUACUAUAAACUCUCAAGCCAAAGGACAAAUAUAUGGGCAGGGAGUGUUGGUAACCGCUUUGGUUACUUCAAUAAGGACCAACUCGUAAUGAAUCACAUAUACACUGAAAAAGAAUUGGAGAUUCCUGCUGAGGAAACCGACUUUGUUUGCUUUGACACUGGACACGAUAAGUUUGACAGUUAUGACAUUGAUUCACUGUUAGGUUCCUCUUUAUUGUUAACAGACGAGGAGGAAUCUUUGCAAGUAACCACAGAGACUUUUUACCUAAACAAAAGUGCUGAGAGCACCACGGUGGAAGUGGAUGAGCCUCCACCUGAAGUGACAUUGUUAGAAAAUGAUGAGAUUGAUAGGGAUGUUCCUGAGGACAUUGAUAAGGUUGUAGAGGUUCUAGAUAAUGAUGAUCUGAGACAUUUUGAGGCUUUAGAGUCCUCUCUGCCUCAGCCUGAAACUCUUGACACAAAGGGAGUGGAAUAUAACACUGUACUUGAGACCACAGCUGAGAGGAUCAAAGAUUACCUUCAGAAAGAUCAGCAGAGGACAGAGGACUCUGUGCCGUACAGUGUUGUUGAACCAGAGGAAGGUGAGAUCAAAGAAACCCCCUCAGAACCUCUAUCCAAAGAUGAUCCUGAGUUAGAAAAUGCACCUGAUGGUUUUUCAGAAGGCAGACCUAUUCCGGAGUUAAAAACCACACUUGGAAUAACUUUUGAUGCUGUCACUUCCAAUGAUGAGGAACUGAGUGGUGGGGAAAGAAUAGCUCAUGUUGCCAGUUCAGAGGAAGAUGAGGAGGAUGACGAAGGUGAGACUACACCAGAGCAGCCUCCCAAAAUUGAAGAACCCAAGGAGUCAUUUGGCUGUUCUACUUCCUCUGAGCUAAUCUUUGAGCAACCUGCGGACUCUAAUUUCAGUGAGGAUGCUGUCAAAGUACCUGAUGAGGAUUCUCAGAUGUUGCAGUUUGAGGAUGAAUCUGAAGAAGCUGACAUUGAACCUUCAACACCUCCUGCUGAUGAGGCAGGACACACUGAGGCUUUAGCAGAGAAUCUUACAGUAGAUGACAGCCCAGUCCCUAAACAGCUCUCACAGACAGACAUGCUCUCAGACUUUGAUAGUAAAAUUAACUGA